UGUGCAUCUGACGAGGGAACCUCCCGAGGUGAUAAAUCGCUUUUUGAUCGACAUCUAGUGGGUUAUAGGUUAUCGACCAUGCUGAUUCCGAAUACGACCAUGGGACUUCCCCAUAGCUCGUCGAAGAUCCAGUCUUCUGGAAAACCAGUUUUUCAAAACCUCCCAAAAUAACCCCAGCCUUUCUUAACGAUUUAGGAUUGUAGCGUGCAAAUUUCUAAUUAAAACGAAACAUCGCCCAGCUCUACACAAUCUUUCUUUGCAAAGUUAUAGAAUUUAUAAGAAGAGCCCUAAAUUGUUCAUUGUCAGCUCAAAGCUACAGAAAUAAGAAGGAAAAAAUUAAUUUAGAUUAUUUAUUUAAAAAUGAACAAAUUUUUAACAAAAUCAAAAUAGAAAAUCUUAUUUUCAGAUGGUGGACCAAAAGAUUUUCACUGUGAAGAAUAUUUAUUUUUAUUAAGUGAAAUUGCUAAUAAUCAUAAAAAAGAAAUGAAAGUUAAUUUUUUUGCAGAGCAUCAUGGCUGUAAUGAUUGUGAUUCUGCUGCCGGUUUAGUUUCAACAGUAAUAACAAAAUUACAAAUUGAAAGCAAAGAAGAAUUUAAUAGUGGAGAAAAUAUUUUUAACCAUUUACUUAAAACGAAAAAUACUGAUUAG